AUGACUAUAUAUUACUCUUUGACCUUCGCUCUCUUGGUUCUCGAGAUGGUGACCUUCUCCAUCUUGGUGCUACCACUCCCAUUGCGAUGGCGUCACGCCAUGAUCAAGGCAUUCACUAACUCUCCUGUUAUCGCCAAGGCUCUUCAUACCCUUAAGAUUAUCUUUGCAUUUAUCUUUUUGCUCUUUAUUGAUACAUUCAACCGAUUGCAACGCAUUGCCGAGGAAGUCGAAGAGGAAGCCGGCCAUCAUCAUGAUUACAGCAUCGAAGCCAGCAUUCGCGCCAAGCAGUUUUACGCACAACGCAACUUGUAUCUUCUCGGUUUUACCAUGUUCCUUUCUCUUAUCCUUGAGCGUACCACAGCCCUCUUGAUCGAUAUGCUUCAACGUGAUGAGCAAUUGCAGCACAUGAAGAAGGAGAGUGCCACCGCUGUUAAGGAUCAAGAACGUCUCGUAGAAAUUGAUGCAUCAUACCAAAAGCAGAUCCAAGAACUCAAAGAUCAAAUUGCUGAAUUGAAAAAGCAAGGUCCUGAUUUUGAAGCACUCAAGAAGAAGGCCGAGCAACAGGCAACUGAAUACGAUAGUCUACUUAAAGAUCGUGACGCUUUCAAGCAAAAGUAA